GACAUCACUGGUUCGCGGUGCGGUAACUGCGCACACCACGCGCACCCGUUCUUCCCGAGAAUGUCGAGCGUGUCUAAAGUCACUUUCGGCCUGUGUUGUAUGUCGUCCGUCGGAAUAAUAGGCUACGUGCAUUUCAAGCAGUCCUACGACAGGGAGCAGCUGCACCUCGGUGUGAUACGCGACAUCGAGCGACGGGAACGGCGCAAGGCCGAAAAUGUCUACAUCCUGCAGCAGCAGGCCGAGCUAACCAAGGAAUUGCGCAGAGGGGAGGCUUUGUCCGAGACGCAAUAACGGCUGACACGCGCGACUGUCA